AUGACAAGCAAUGCGAGUAAACUCGAGCUCGGCCCUGAUGCCACAUCGGAGCAAGUUACACCAACCAGAAGUCAUAGCCUAGGAGAGAUGCAGGAGGUCAAGAAAGGAUUUUCACGUUUCACGAUUCUCUCCAUGACGAUUGUUCUUAUGGGUACGUGGGAGUCGUUGUCGAGUACAAUGGCUACGGCGCUGGCCAGUGGCGGACCAGUGUCCUUGGUUUAUGGAUGUAUUUUGGCUAUCAUCGGCGCCCUGGCGACUGCAGCAUCCCUGGGGGAAAUGACUUCGAUGUAUCCUACAGCAGGUGGCCAAUACCACUUCACUGCCAAACUAGCCCCCGAGUCAUGCCGGAAUUUUCUUAGCUGGAUUGUUGGAUGGAUAGGUACGUUUGGCUGGAUAGCCUUUACGGGCAGUGCUCCCUUUCUGGUAUCAACUAUGAUUCAGGGCCUUUUGAUUCUAAAUUUGGGCUCGUCAUAUAAUCCCCAGCGCUGGCACAGCACUCUGAUCUACUGGGGCCUCGUUGGCUUGAGCGCCAUUAUCAACAUAUGGGGUAGCCGCCUCCUGGCCGUGGUGGAAGGCUUGUCACUCUUCAUCCACCUGGCUGCAUUCAUCGCAAACUUCAUUGUUAUUUUGGUGGUGACGCCAGCAAAGAAUUCAGCAAGCUUCGUGUUUAGCUUUUAUCAGAAUAACUCCGGAUGGUCAAGUGAUGGAAUCGCCUGGUCCAUUGGCAUGCUGUCCAGCUGCUAUGUUUUAACAGGUUUUGAUGGCGCCAUUCAUCUCGCCGAAGAAAUGCCCAAUCCCGAAGUUGCUGUGCCAUACUGUAUGUUGAGUUCAGUCGCUCUUAACGGUGUUCUCGGCUUUGUCUUUAUGGUUGCGAUUCUCUUCUGUAUGGGUGAUAUAGACGCAGCACUGAGUACCGAUACUGGAUACCCUAUCAUCGAGAUUCUACGAUUCAUAACAGGUUCCGCUGCAGCUAGUACUGCUAUGACUGGUACGAUUAUCCUCAUGGCAACGUUGGCUACUGUUGCGUUAUUCCCAUCAUCGACUCGAAUGGUGUGGUCGUUGGCGCGCGAUAAAGCGAUUCCGUUCCACAAGUAUCUUUCCGAAGUUAACCCGCGAACGCAAUUACCUCAACGCUCAAUCCUUACAACCAGCGCGAUCCUUAUAUUGCUCGGAUUCAUUAAUAUCGGCUCCACGGCAGCCUUCAACGCCAUUCUAUCUCUUUCUGUGCUUGGAAUACAGAUUUCAUAUGCAGUUCCAGUUGCUCUAAUGCUUUGGCGUCGACUUUCAUCGGAGAAAACAACUCUGGCGUAUGGACCGUGGAAACUAGGGCGCUAUGGGGUGGCGAUCAAUGCUAUUUCUAUGGUCUAUUUGAUCUACACUAGCAUCUUCAUGGUGUUUCCAGCAACACAGCCAGUCACAGCGCUGAGCAUGAACUAUUCUACUUUGGUUUUCGGCGCUGUGUUGAUUGCUAGUUGCGUCUACUGGGGUUUGAAAGGAACGAAACAAUACAAUGGUCCUAACAUCGCUAUUUAA